AUGGACUACGAAGAACCAGGACAGGCCACACGAGAACUCACUACGUUUGUGCAGGGUCUCCUUCAAAACAUGCAGACUCGCUUCCAAGAAAUGUCGGAUACGAUUAUCACUCGUAUUGACGAAAUGGGCACCCGUAUCGAUGACUUGGAAAAGAACAUUGCGGAGCUCAUGCAACAGGCGGGUCCUGAUGAGGAAGCGGCUCAAACAGCUUCGGCCCCUAAAGAUAAGAAAAAGAGUAAGGGGAAAUAA